AUGAGGGGAGGCGCACCUUCUGCCUCCCUACGGAGGGAGCUGGCCUCAAUCGAUAUGACGAAAAGAAAUACAGUGGUCCUUGAUUCAAAUACACUUCCCUCAGCAUCUGGUGGACUACUCACAAAGUCCUCUUCCAUAAAGAUCCAUAAAAGGUCUGAUAUGCGUGACGUUUCCCGGGAUAGCAAAAAUUCAAAGAUGCCGAGAAGCCAGCACGUGAAGUGGCCGAAAGAACACACUCAGGAGAGCCUUACCUUUCAGCAGGCUGGUCGUUUUCCUAAGAUCUUGGUGGGAGGAAAGCGGGAUUUUUCAGGAGAAAACACAGGCCCUCCAUCCCGACGUUUUAGCAGCAGGCCUAUGCGAGUAGGAAAAGCGUCAAAGAGGCCUGCGGGAGCAGGAAUUGCUAAAACGGAAACCUUAAAUUUUUUUCAAGACAAAAUGAGCCUUACUGAUGACGGGAGCUUCCCCACAGAAAGGACGUUGGGCCAGAACGAAGCCGACGAGAUUGCUCCCACCGCGAAGUCAAGAACUUGUCUGGAGCGACAAACGGGUUCGGGACGUUCUAUGGCUUCUCAUGGGCCCCUUUCUCCUUACGACUGCGCGUCACGCGGCACUGACAAGACUAAGGCUGAGAUGUUCCUUGCUACGUUACAGCAACGGAACCAAGAACUGCUGCUAGAAAACGGAUACUUAAAGGAAGCCCUCUUGGCGAGCGUCACGAAUGGUAAACUUCUUUUCCUUCUAGAGAACAACGACACAGCUGAUGCCACUGACGAGCGAGAGAGCAGAACCUUGGCAGUGUCUUCGUGGGUCCCUGGGACAGAUAAGGCCCUCUCAAGUGAAGGAAGUCCCAGAGAGGGUCAUCUGCAGACCAGAAGAACCAAAAGCAUCGACCUGCCUUGUGUACGAGAAUUUUUUGAGGCUGUCAGCUGCUGCAUAGGGCCGUCUUGCCGCGAUCCGCCUCUCUUGCCACGGGAUGGCCUCGUUGCUUUAGCAGACGGCUUCGGGAUGGACACUUUUCAUGAGCCGCCACAAACAAUAGAGAAAUUACACAGAAGUACAGAAGACGAAAAUGAUGGGACUUCGAUCAAAGUCGAUUUUUUUCCCUUUGGGCAUCCAGAAGAUGAUGAAGCCGCGCAGACCGAUGUAAAUCAGAGUGAGAUUUGA